CUUCUUCUAGUGAGAAGAGGAGGAGGGGGAGAAGCUUUGGAUCAUCUUUUCGCGCCAUUUUCUUCAAAGCGGCGCAUUCCCCCCUAUUUUACGGAGUUGAUGAGUUAUUUUCCUCUCCACCAAGUCUUUAUGUAAAUAUAGUCUAUCGAAUAUUGUUGCCUUUUUUUUCUUCCUUUCUUUCUCACCACCAUUGUGUCGGCGAGGUUUCUAAUUGCUCCAGUCUCACCACAAAUUCAUCAUGGCCAAAGUUAACAUUAGCAAUGUGGUCGUCCUAGAUAAUCCUUCACCUUUUUUGAAUCCGUUCCAAUUCGAAAUCACGUUUGAGUGUUUGGAAGACUUGCCAGAAGAUCUUGAGUGGAAAAUCAUCUAUGUUGGCUCUGCAGAAAGCAUGGACUAUGACCAAGUGCUCGAUUCAGUUCUUGUUGGACCUGUUCCUGGUGGACGACACAUGUUUGUGUUUCAAGCUGGGCCACCAGACACGAGUAAAAUUCCAAUAGCUGAUGCAGUCGGUGUAACUGUUGUGUUGCUGACCUGUUCAUACAAAAGUAAGGAAUUUAUCCGGGUUGGUUACUAUGUUAAUAAUGAAUACAGCGAUCCUGAGCUGAAAGAAACACCUCCAGACAUGCCAGUCUAUGAUAAGUUACAACGUAAUAUUUUGGCCACAUGUCCAAGGGUGACCCGGUUCAAGAUUGACUGGGAUGACAAUCAAGACAGUGAGAAUAUUCCACCUAUGCAGAACACAGACACCGAAUCCAAUCAAAUGUACGACGAGAAGUCAAAUGAUGAACUUUUGAAACCCAUGCCAGGUUUCCAUGACGAUAGUAAUAGUAUGAGAAUGGAGACAGAGUUAGUGACAUAGUCUGUUACUGUUUUCCUCUCUGUCUUCAUCCUACCUCAUCCUCCAUUUCUUUUGCAGGUUUUAACAAUUUUUUUUUUUUUUCCUUCAACUUCUUGAAAGUUAAAAUUCUUUCCAAUUCCAUCAGUGCCAAAUGUGUGUCCAUUUAAUGCCUCACUGAAAAGUAAUAUCUGGGGUUUAGUUAAAUGACUCUAGCUGCCAUCUUCCAUGUGUUAAUCAUCAAAUAUCUUUUGUUUUCAGUAUUGGUUCAAGCAUAAACUCUUGUCUCUUCAUGAUGUUGAUAUAGUUUGGUGCAACACUUCAAAGUACAUCUCUCUCUCUUUCCAUCUUCAUUUUCUAUUCAUUAACAUAACGAACAAAUUUGAGCAGUCAGUUAAUACAUAAGUCAUUUAGAUGCACCUUUCACUUAUAACCCUUGCUUGUCUCAAUUCUGUUUUACAUACUUCUGUAAUAGAAUGAAAUGCUAAAAUGCUUAAGUUAGUUGAUAGAGACUGUGUUCUUCAACUAAAUCUCCCUAAUUGCGGCCCCAUACUAGCGCUGUUAUAUUCCUCAUCUAAUCACUAAAAAAAUAUCAAAUGGGUUGAGUUUGUUGCAUUUGCAAUUGUUUACAUUGAUAUAUUGACAAUUUAGGUCUUUAUAUCGUUUAAAUAAUUUGUAACUUUGUGUUCCACAACAUGCAUACGUCACAUAUUCUGCCUUUUGUAGGUUCCACUCUGUUGUCACUCAGGACAUGUAUAUUUUUAUGCACAUAAUUUAUGUCCGGCCUGAGGGGUAUGAUGAUGAUAGAUAUCGGUUUGAUUUUGAAGUUUGCUUCGCAAUCACAAUGUUUCCAGGUUCAAUCCUACUGCAUGGCUGUGGUUGGUCAAAAUCUUGAGGCUGGCUGUCUGUUGGAUGCAUGAUAUUCAUGAAUUAGAAGCCUGAUCUUGUCAUUUACAGUGCCAUGCAGAUUCUACUUGAGGAUUACAUUGAAGGUACGAAUGUCUAUGAAAUACUCAAUCACUUAAAUUAUAAGUAGGUUGUUCAAUUGAUGCAAGAUGUACUUUGGUGUGGAUUGUCAAUUUUGCAUUUGUGUAAGAAUGAGAAAGCUUUUCUUGGUUGUUAAAUUUUGCCAUGUGAUUGAGUUACUUAGUUUCUUACUGGUAUUCAGUCUAACUUUUUGUGUCAAGUCUUAACCAUAUGUAUAAAUAGUGUCUAAGAUCUAAAUCUACACACUUGUAGUACUUGAUUACUUUAAUCUAUAGACAUGCAGUGGGAUUACAUUUGUAAUAUAUUGGUUAUAUUGUAAGGAAUAAAGUAAGAUUUUAUGAACAGUUAUCACAUAAGAUAUAAUUACAUUAAAUAUUUGUUAACAACAGUUUCUUUUUAAAGGUUUAUUCUUAAUAGAAUAUUAGUGGUACUUAUGUUAUUGACCUUGUAUCAAAAGACAACAAUUAGACUCAGAUGGAUUUAAACUUUGGUGUGGUAGAAAGAUGCCUUUUUUUUCUGGUCUGUGUCAAAUGCGUACUGCUACUAUUUGCUAUUUCCUGUAAUAACUUUAAGUAAAAUUUUAUGAACAGUUAUCACAUAACUGUCUGAAAGGGACAUGUAUUACUUUGACUUGAAUCAAACAUUUCUACUGCUAGUCCUUUUACUACUACCAACUGCAGUAAGGCUGCUUUGCCAGUGUGCCAUCAACCUUGUCGAAGUUUGAGGUGUGCCGUGUCAUAUACUUGUUUCUUGGUACUUGACCGCCUUUUUAGUCACAGCAGCUAAAGGGCAGCAACCCAAUAAACCUUAGUGAAAAUGUUUAUCUUCAAGAAAUAUUUUUGUGUCAAAUUUCAGUUUUGUAAAUUAUAAUUGUGCAAUCUACCAUCUUGUUUUUAUUUUUAGAUAAUGAGCAAUUUAUUGCAAAAUAUAUUUGAUCAGAAUGCAUGUAUGUCUAAAUUACAGAAUCAUUGACCUCAUAUAUUAUAAAAAUAGCUUUUAAAGAAGCCAGGGGAGGUGGGGGGGUCAGUGAUUAAAAUUUUAAAACCAGCUGUUGGAGUUUUAAUGUAAUUCUAAUUUUAUUUUUCUCUCAUCUGUCAUUAAGGAUUAGGAAGGUCGUGGGGUUAAGAUGUUCAACUAUUAUUGAUUCAUAUGGUCCCGAUUUCAAUCCUGGCUAUAGCCAUUGUGUUGAAAUAAAUUACUGAUUUGCUCUGCUUUGUAACCAUAGCCAACUGUAUUUAUUAUGGACAUGCCAUCUCUGAAAUAUGGAAGUCCAGUGUGUGGUCUUCAUUUAAAAACUACACUACCUGUAGUGGGGUUCUAGCUGUUAUACCAGCAAUAACUGUUUAGAAACUCCUCUUUGUUGUCAGCCAUUGUAUCACAACUCAAGGCUUGUAUUAACUAGCAACAGUAAUAGAGAAGGUAUCUGACUGUUUUAGCUAAGUGCAAAUAUUUAAAUUUACAAAGCUUUUUCAUUGAAGCAAGAGUAGAAAAAUGGACAUGAAAUGGUGGAGAGGUGUAUUGUAUAAGUGCACAUACACUUAUAUUAUUACAAAUAACUCUAAUUACCUCUGCAGGUGUGAAUGUUUUGUAGUGGGUAAAAUAUUCAACAAAUAAUUGGACCAAGUUUGUGUGAUGAAUGUGUUGAAAACAUAGUGGUAUCUCUUAAGACACUCCUAGUUAUCCGGCCUUAGCUGAACUAAAGUUGGAACCUUUGUUUGGGUGCUCAACUGGUUAAAAAUAGCAGUUAAAUAUCACUUGAAUCCUACCAUACCAUUUUGGAAAAGUGAAUACACAGUAAGUAGUGUAGCCCCCUGGUAUACAAAAAGAUGGGAUGUUCAUUGCUAGAACAUCUUUGUGCAUAAGUUUACUCAAUCAGGACUGUCCAGGGGUUAAACAUUGUAUGGCUUCAGUUGAGACAAAAAAGGAACUUGCUAGAAGUAGCCAUAUUUAUGAAAUACUAAAUAGAACGAUGGGAUGCCCUUUAAACAAAGAUCUGCGUGGUUUUUAGGUUGACUUGAGCUAAUGGUUGCUACUAGCUUCAGUUUAUCUAGAGAAUAACUCCCUGGUUAUUUGGAGAAGCUAUCUACAGUUGAUUAAUUUAGCCUGUUUAUGAUUCACACUGAGUUGAACUUGAGACAUUAAAGAACCAGAUUGAUUGAGAAACAUAAAAAUGUAGGCCAACAAUGAAAGUCAACAAAAUACUUUGCUGAUGGUUUUUGAUGUAUCAGUGUUUGGUUAAACCCUUUCAAUUUUCUAUCUGGAUUUUUGCUGGUGAACUAAACAGCAGAAUGUCUUCAGAGACCCCAUGCAAGUGUUUUGACCCUUCUUUACAUUAUAAGGAGGCUAAGCCCUAUCUAGAUUUUUGCUGGUGAACUAAACAGCAGAAAGUCUUCAGAGACCCCAUGCAAGUGUUUUGACCCUUUACAUUGUAAGGGGGCUAAGCCCUAUCUAGAUUUUUGCUGGUGUACUAAACAGCAGAAAGUCUUCAGAGACCCCAUGCGAGUGUUUUGACCCUUCUUUACAUUGUAAGGGGGCUAAGCCCUAUAUAGAUUUUUGCUGGUGAACUAAACAGCAGAAAGUCUUCAGAGACCCCAUGCAAGUGUUUUGACCCUUCUUUACAUUUUAAGGGGGCUAAGCCACAUCCAGGUCAUGACUCCUGGAUACCCUUUGGCUUUCUGUAUCAAUGUAGCCCUCCUGGAUAGUUAAGGUGCCCCAGAUCCAAACAUUGGUGUUGCAACCAGUUUAUUUGAAGAUGCCAGUUGACUCUUUGGUGAAUUAUGCCUUUCGAAAUUCUCUUCCAUUCUUCCUUUUGAAAUUCUCUUCCAUUUUUCCUUGACCAGAUCCAGUUGGAACUGUAUUUAAUUACUUCUCUUUCUCCCAGAAAUUAAGAGCUGCUUGCACCACUUCUAUGGUGAGCACUUGAAAAAGCAAUUACACUGUGGUUCUUUUAUAAAAUACUAAUUAACAAAGCUUGAUGUAGAUGUGAAAAAUGAAAUUUCAAUCAAGGUGCAUAUGAUUUACAGAUUUUUAUUUUAAUGGUUUUAUGAAAUAUGGUGGUUCUUUUAAUAACCUGUUGGCUCUCACAUGAGCUAUGAAAAUUUUGUUGCAUUUUGUUAUUUCUUUUCUGUGAGCCUUUUGGGCUGGCACACUGAUUACUUAGGUAAUAUGAUUAUGGUACACUUGAACAUUGUUUUCCUAUAUUUUAUAAUUCUUUUUCCCCCCACAUAUCACACUAAGUAAGUCAAAUUUUAAUUUGCAAAACAGAAGGUACUGAAGAUCCACCAGUGACUCAUGGGUAAAAAGAGAGAAAAAAGAAACACUAUCUGUGUGUUCCCCUACCUCACAUGUAUAGUGCAAAAAUGUGAUGCUCAUAUUGAAAUUAAAAUACAUUGGGAUCUUUGGAUAUAAAACAUGAGGCUUGAGAGCCAAUGUGUUGAUCUCUUCAUGCAAUUUUCACAUCUGGACAGUUAAAAAUUACCAAUUGCAAAUUAAAAAAAAAAUUUUUUUUUAAAGAUCAACCAUAGGGCCAUGUCUAGAUGACACUUUUAUUCUAUGGAAGCAGUUUUUUUUUUUUUUUUUUUUUUUCCAUCUCCCAGAAUAAAGAAGGAUGCAGUCCAGAUCUUUAUGGACUACUGAAUGGGAUUAGGUUUGAAGAUGGGCUCAGCUGGCUUAUACCUAAUGAAAUAUUGCUGGAAUAAGAAUGGAAAAAAGUAUUCUGCAAUUUUCAUUCCAUGGGAGUUUUUACUGUACAACCACUAUCCGUUUUCAUAUGUAUAUACACAUUUGGAGCCGAUUAUUCACUUUGUUACUUAUUAGUUUGUUGUGUUGGGAAUCACAAGAUGUGAAACUGAAAAGUGGUGAACUUGAAUCAUCAGUUUUUCACAAAUUGACUCUACAUCGUGUAUAGAGUACAAUACAAAAAAUGUAUCUUAGAUAAUUUCCUCCCACUCUCUUUCUAUGCAUACCUUGGUUUUGGGAUCAAUUAUAAUUAUUUUUACAUCCUCUUGACCCCUAAAUCAUAAAUGGUAGAACCCGUUUUAUAUCAAUCUGGGCUAAGCAGAGUUACGUACCUUGCUCAUUGCAGCACACCACUAUGGUUUGUGUAGUAGCAACAAGGUUUGAACUCAUUACUUUGUGGUUCAAUACUCUUAGCACCUUAACAUCACUACAUGGAUGAGGAUGGUUUCAAAGUUAUGCAAAACAAAAAAAAAACCAAUGGAGUACACAAUACCUAAAUAUUGUGUCAUAUUUCUAAUUAUAAAAUAUUCUAUUGCCACAACCCCCUCCUCCUCAUUUAACAAUAAUGACCAUCACCAUUAUAUCACUUAGUUAUUCCUCAUAUUUUAACAACUAUAUUUCACCUGGCUAUUAUUUGUAUAUGUAUCAAGACUAUUGUGUGUGUGUGUUUUUUCUUUUUUUUUUUUUACUCCUAUUUUAAAAUUUCAUUUUAGAAUAAUAUUCUGACAUAUUUUUAAAUAUGCUGUUUUCUGAAGCAGCUUUUAAAUUUAGUCAUAUUGUAAGGGGUGGAGAUUCUCAUUUGUGGUUUGAAAACUUCAUUGCAUAAUCUAUAGGCAAUAAGGUCUGUCACUGCUCUUCUCAAUGACUCUCUUUCUCUCUCUCUGUUUCUCAUUCAGCCACACGCACACUAACAUAAUGAACUUGGUUUAUAACUUGCAUGUGUGUGUCUUUGUUACACUAUAUUUCCUUGUCUUAAAAAUAGAAGUUCUGAGGUGGUUUAAAUAAUCCUGUCUUUGGAGACAAGGGAGGUGAGAUGUGUCAUUUUUAUAGUGAACCUUACCUUGCUGGUUCACUGUUGUGGCUUCUGUUUCGUUAAUGUGAACAUUUAUUUAUGUAAAAUAUGUAAAUAAAAUUCCAAAAAAUC